AUGUCUACGGUCGUUCUUAUUAGCGGCGCUAACCGUGGCAUCGGCAAAGGCCUCCUUGAGCGUUAUCUGAAGCUUGAGAAUCACAUUGUCAUCGCGGCCAACCGUAAUCCGGAACAUGCGACCUCCAAGGACCUUUUGAAGCUCCCCAAGGCGGAAAGCACCAAGCUGAUAGUUGUCAAGCUUGACGCUAGCAUAUGGCAGGAUGCCUUUGAUGCUGUGAAAUCACUCGAGAGCCAGGGCAUCGACCACAUAGAUAUUGUCAUCGCUAAUGCUGGUGUGGCGUAUAUUUGGCCAACUGUCGCUGAAGUCAAGCUUGAAGACAUUGUCGCCCACGUCGAGCCUAAUUUUUACGGUGUCGUGUCAUUGUAUCAGGCUGUGCGAUCGCUGCUACAGAAGUCAAAGAGAGAGCCGAUAUUUUCAAUCAUGGGCACGACGGCUGGUAGUCUUAACACCCAACCCCCGCUUCCGAAUGCCUGUUAUGGCCCGUCAAAGGGAGCAUCAGCAUGGUGCAGCAUUCGUAUUAAUCAGGAGGAGAGCUGGUUGCACUCAUUCUCUUUGGGGCCCGGCUGGGUGCAUAGUGACCUGGGCGAUGCUGGGGCGGUAGCCCUUGGCCUCGACAAGGCGACACAGGAUCACCUUAUGAUCGGCUUGGAUGAGUCAUGUGACGGCAUGAUGAAGGUGCUUGACGAAACCACGAAGGAGAAACACGGCGGAAAGCUGGUGUUGUAUAAUGGAGAAACCAUGGCUUGGUAG